AUGGCUCUCCGUCGUGGAAUGUCGGGCUUGAUUCCCGUCCUACGUCUCUGGAGGCCGUUGACAUUCGCAUGGCGGCCUAAACUAGGGCAACAGUGGCGCUGCAACGCGACCCUGUCCCCCGGACCAGCACCGCAACAAUCUUCACGCCCUGGUAUAGUCCUGCGAGACUACCAGGAAGAAUGCAUCCAAUCAGUCCUAGAUUACAUCAAGCAAGGCCACAAGCGCCUAGGGAUAUCGCUCGCGACAGGAGCCGGCAAAACGGUAAUCUUCACGCAGCUCAUCGGCCGAAUCCCCCCACGCAAUGAAACCAGCAACAGAACCCUCAUCCUCGCGCAUCGCCGAGAACUCGUCGACCAAGCCGCCGCACACUGUCGUGCCGCGUACCCCGACCGAACAGUUAGCAUCGAGAUGGGCAACUUGAGAAGCACAGGCACAGCAGACAUCACAAUCGCAUCGAUAAGAAGCCUGCUAAGCCAGGACCGACUCGACAAGUUCGACCCACAGCGCUUCAAACUGAUUCUCGUCGACGAAGCGCACCACAUCGUCGCGCCGACCUACCGCUCCGUCCUCGACCACUUCGGACUCCAGGAACCCACCCCGGACGCGCCCGUCCUCGUCGGCGUAUCCGCCACCUUCGCCCGCGCGGACGGCCUGCGCCUCGGCGCGGCCAUCGACCACAUCGUCUACCACAAGGACUACAUGGACAUGAUCAACGACAAGUGGCUCGCGAACGCGGUCUUCACAACGGUACAGUCAAACGCGAAGCUCUCGGGUGUCAAAAGCGACAGCCGCGGCGACUUCCAACUCGAGUCGCUCGCGCGGGCCGUCAACACCGACACGACCAACACGGUCACCGUGCGGGCCUGGCUCGCCAACGCCGCCGACCGCCACUCGACGCUCGUCUUCUGCGUGAACGUCGAGCACACCCGCUCGCUGACAGACACGUUCCGCGCGCACGGCCUCGACGCCCGCUACAUCACGGGCGACACGCCGCAGAAGCAGCGCGACGCGGAGCUGACUGCCUUCAAAGCGGGCGAGUUCCCCGUCUUACUCAACUGCGGGCUCUUCACGGAGGGAACCGACAUCCCCAACAUCGACUGCGUGCUCCUCGCAAGACCCACCCGCUCGCAGAACCUCCUCGUCCAGAUGAUCGGCCGCGGACUGCGCCUCCACCCGGGGAAGAAAGACUGCCACAUCAUCGACAUGGUCGGCACUGUCGACGCAGGCGUCGUGUCCACCCCGACCCUGUUCGGCCUGCACCCGGACGAGAUCAUCAACGCCGCGACGGCGACAGAGCUAACCAAACGGCCGACCACACAACCAACCACGCCACCACCCGAAGACGUCGCAGAAGAAGAAAAAGAAGAAGAAGAAGAAGACACCAAGGCCACAGACUCAGACAACAACGAGAUCACCCUCUCCUUCACCAAAUACGACACCAUCUACGAUCUCAUCCACGAUCUCAAAUCCGAGAAACACAUCCGCUCGCUAAGCAGAUACGCCUGGGUGCGCGUCGCCGGCAGCAACGCCAAGACCCCAGAAGAGAAAUACAUCCUCUCCGAUGACUCGGGCUGGCUCACAAUCACCCGCACCCCGUCAUCCCCCCCCCGCCAGCAAGAAAACGAACCAUACACCCUCCACCACGUCCAAAAAUACACCUCCCCAACAACCCUCACCCCAACCUACACCCGCCCGCGCCUCCUCACCACCUCCCCGACCCUCCCCUCCGCAGUCCACGCAGCGGACACGUUCGCCUCCGCGCACUUCACAGAGCGGUACAUCUCGUCCCAGCAGGGGUGGCGACGUGGCCGGGCGAGCGCUGCCCAAAUCGCGUACCUGAAUAAGGCGAAGGUGAGGGAGGGCAAGAUGCAGACGUCGGAUUUAACGCGCGGCCAGGCGGCGGAUUUGAUUACGAAGUUGAAGUUUGGGGGGAAGGGGAGGGUCAGGGGGGAGAGGGUUGCUAGGGAACGGAGGGAGAGGGUUGCUGAACGGGGAGAGAGGUUGAGAGAAAGACAGAGGGAGGGGGUUGUUAGGGUGGGGCCUGUUGGGUGGUGA